AAAAAAAUCUGGAAUUGGCAAAGCAGUAAAUUGAAGACUAUGUCGGAAGUUAAACGAUGAGGCAUUUGUCAUCUCAGUAGAAAAUUUUGAAACAUCAUGAAAAUAGUUUCGGCAUGCAAUUCUUGGUGUGUGGGAAUGGCGGUGCCAACAUCACAAACAAGAACCACUGUUCUCAGUCGCCGUGAGCUUUUCUUUGAUGGAAUGUCCUCUGUGUGUUCUUCUCACUCCCAACAACAACACUUCCUAAACGACGCCGUUCAGUCCCAACCUAUCUCCAUUUCAAGGAUUGGUGAAGAUGAAGCUCAGGAUUUUGAUGGAAUGCUGAGGAAAAUUCAUUUGUCGCCGACGCGGCGCGUGUUGAUGGCGAGUUUGACAAUGUAUUCAUGUUUCCAUUCUUCAAGGUAUUUGUCAGCCCUAGCUUUGGGAGACCCAUCAGUGACACUUGAACAAGUGACUCCUCCUGUGGUUUCUUCUGGCCCGCUCUUUCCGGUUGAGGAUCGAAUUGUCCAACUAUUUGAAAGCAACACGUACUCCGUUGUUAACAUCUUUGAUGUGACAUUGCGUCCUCAACUUAAUAUAACUGGCGCGGUUGAGAUUCCUGAAGGAAAUGGUUCUGGAGUUGUGUGGGACGAGGAAGGCCACAUUGUGACAAAUUAUCAUGUAAUUGGUAAUGCCCUUUCAAGAAACCCAAGCUCUGGUCAGGUUGUUGCACGAGUUAAUAUUCUAGCAUCCGAAGGGGUACAAAAGAAUUUUGAGGGUAAACUUGUUGGAGCUGAUCGGUUGAAGGAUCUUGCUGUCUUGAAGGUAGAAGCCCCUGUGGAUCUUUUAAGGCCUAUCAAGGCGGGGCAGUCAUCGUCUCUGAAAGUCGGGCAGCAAUGUUUGGCAAUUGGAAACCCAUUUGGUUUUGAUCACACCCUCACGGUUGGGGUUAUUAGUGGACUUAACCGAGACAUCUUCAGCCAAACUGGUGUAACAAUUGGUGGUGGUAUUCAGACCGAUGCGGCCAUAAAUCCCGGGAACAGUGGGGGUCCACUUCUGGAUUCAAAAGGACGCUUAAUUGGGAUUAAUACGGCAAUAUUUACUCAGACGGGAACAUCAGCUGGUGUUGGAUUUGCAAUCCCAUCUUCAACCGUUCUUCGAAUUGUUCCACAACUGAUUAAAUUUGGAAAAGUUGUCAGAGCUGGUUUGAAUGUUGAUAUAGCACCAGACUUGAUUGCAAAUCAACUUAAUGUCCGGAAUGGCGCUCUUAUUCUUCAGGUUCCUAAAAAUAGUGUCGCCGAAAAAGCCGGGCUAAACCCGACAACAAGGGGAUUUGCUGGUAAUAUAGUCCUUGGAGACAUCAUUGUUGCAGUUGACAAUAAGCCGGUGAAGAACAAAGGAGAGUUACUGAAAGCAUUGGAUGAGUACAAUGUAGGAGAUAAGGUAACCUUGCUCAUUCAAAGGGACAGUCAAAAGUUGGAGUUGUCUCUGGAACUUGAGGAACAAAGAUCUUAAAAGAUUAAUUUUAUAUUCAUGCUGCAUCACCAGUUAAUUAACUUUACUUUUUUUUUUCUUUUAAUUCAGUACUAAACAUUAUUAAAAAUAGUUAGUUGUGCAUGAGUUUUUUGUAAUUUGCCUAAUUUUGAAAACAAAAAUGCUCUAUAUUUUGAGUUUACAUGACAAAAUUUAGA